AAGAAAGUGUGUGCGUUUUGUUUGCUGUACAAAAUUCGGUGUAGUAGCAAACGCGGCCUGAGCCUGACGAAAAGCACUCGCAAGAGGGUGAGAGAGAAGAAAGGAAGGUCAAACCGCAUUCGCAUCCCAACCCAAACCCCGACCCGACCCAUCAUUUCGCCAUUUUCAGCCUUCGCUCGCCCAGUCAAACCAGAUGUCUCCGUUUCUUGCCCUUUCUCAGAGGUUUUUCAAGUGUCCCAAAAAUGGCCUAGUGGUGCCGAAGUUUCCUACAACCCUGUGACAACAAUUUUUAAAGGCCCAUUGCAAUUUGCACAGAUGAGUCUUGUGACUGAUUCUCCAGUGAAUUCAUCUAGCAGUGAUGACUUUGCUGCACUUCUUGAUUCAGCAUUGGAUUCUGCUUCUUCAGAUUCAUCACCAGUUGAAGAAGCUAAGGAUGACGAUGAUGUUGAAAUUGAGAGUAUAAAAAGGCAUAAAGUGGAGAAUAUGGGAAGCACAGAGGAGCCUGAUGGAUCAACUUCUCAAGUUUCUGUGACGGAAGUGCUAGAGGAAGAAUCCACAAAGCAGAAUACGUGUACACAUCCUGGUUCGUUUGGAGAUAUGUGUAUAAUUUGUGGUCAGAGGUUGGAGCAGGAGUCUGGUGUGACAUUUGGGUACAUUCACAAGGGAUUAAGGCUUAAUAAUGAUGAGAUUGUUAGGUUGCGCAGCAAGGAUAUGAAGAAUUUGUUACGCCAUAAAAAACUUCACUUGGUUCUCGAUCUGGAUCAUACGUUGUUGAAUUCCACUCAACUCGUACAUAUGACACCAGAAGAGGAAUACUUGAAGAGCCAAACAGAUUCUCUGCAAGAUGUCUCAAAUGGGAGCCUCUUCAUGCUGGAGAAUAUGCAUAUGAUGACCAAGUUGAGGCCUUUUGUUCGGACAUUUUUAAAAGAAGCAAGUGAAAUGUAUGAAAUGCACAUUUAUACAAUGGGCGAUCGAGCUUAUGCAUUGGCAAUGGCUAAUAUUCUUGAUCCCAAAAGAGAGUACUUUGGUGAAAGAGUGAUAUCACGGGAUGAUGGCACCCAGAAACAUCAAAAGGGGCUUGAUGUUGUGUUGGGGCAAGAAAGUGCAGUUCUAAUCCUUGAUGAUACCGAAAAUGCUUGGACAAAGCAUAAGGAAAAUUUGAUACUAAUGGAAAGAUAUCAUUUCUUCAGAUCAAGUUGUCACCAAUUUGGCUUCAAUUGUAAGUCUCUUUCUGAAUUGAAGAGUGAUGAAAGUGAGACUGAAGGAGCUCUUGCAACAGUUCUCAAAGUUCUUAAGCAGAUCCACAACAAUUUCUUUGAUAACACCAGUGACAAUCUUAUGGGCAGGGAUGUGAGGCAGGUGUUGAAAACUCUUCGGCAGGAAAUCUUGAAGGACUGUAAAAUUGUUUUCAGCCGUGUUUUUCCUACCAAAUUCCAGGCUGAGAACCACCAGCUGUGGAAGAUGGCAGAGCAGUUGGGUGCUACUUGUUCAACAGAACUUGACCCAUCAGUGACACACGUGGUUGCAACAGAUGCUGGAACAGAAAAAUCUCGUUGGGCAGCGAAAGAAAAGAAAUUUUUGGUCCAUCCCAGGUGGAUUGAAGCUACAAACUAUCUCUGGCAAAAGCUACCUGAAGAGAACUUUUCUGUUAGCGUAGUGAAAAACCAAUGACCAUUCGUUUAUCAGUGCUAACCCUCUGUAGUUGUGCAUAGUCUCUAAUACUCGGCCUUUUUUGCGUUCAGCAAAGACCAGUUCUUCUAAUUAGGGCUGGACAUAUUUGGGUCUACCAUAUUCUGCAAAUCUUAUUGCUGAAUUUCAGUCCAAUACAUUUUAAAUUUUGUAUGAUUAAGUUGUAUUGGGCUUGUUUAUAGGGAUUUGGAUCCUCUUCAUUAAUAAUAGGACCGAUCAUUUUACACCA